ACUUAUUGUUUUGUCGGCCAUUUUGCGCCAAUAGGCGUAUAGAGACGUAAAUUAAAAUCUUGAUUUUAAACGAAUAUUACUUGAGAUGUGAUUGAAAAAAAAGUGUCUCUUGAUGGUUUUUAAAACUGAUUUUACAGAUUUAUUUGGUAUAAUGUCUUUAAUAAACAGGAGAUUUUUAAAUUAAUUUUAACCAUGACGCUCACAAAUGUAUCAUUGGCACCACAGAACGUUUCUGAUUUGUCAACCUAUAUUCCAACAACUUCAGAUUUACCAUUAUCCAAACCUGCAUGCCGAGUAUUAAUAGAUGCUCGCCUUGGCUCUACAAGAGUAAGAGUGUGGGAUCUCAUUAUUUUAAUACCGAACUUACUAUUUUUCUUCUUCCUGUUAUGGAAGUUAAGAACGGUGAUAGACAAGUUAUCGAGGACCAGCAGCCCUAUUUUCACAACAUUUUACGUUAUGGUAUUUUUAGUAGCUAUUAUGGGAGUGCUCCGAAGCGUUGUUUCAAUGACUGUUAACGCUUCUACAACAGCUGGAGAUAUUGCAGAUAAACUGCUAUGGUUAAUUCUAAGGUUCUUCCUGAUCGCUAUCGAAAUGUCAGUUAUAGUCUUUGGAGUAGCCUUUGGACACCUUGAUAGUCGGAGGAGUAUAAGACGAGUUUUAUUAGUAACAGGCUUGAUAAGUUUAGUUUAUUCAAUUACACAGGGAACUUUGGAAUUUACAAAACCCAAUAAAAAUUUUCAAUUCCGUUCGAACGAUUAUAGUUACAACAUAUUUGGUCAUGGAGGAAUGCCAUUUUUUUUCGUUUCCUCAUUUAUCUUUUUUGUUAUUUAUACCACAAUAACUAUUCUACCAUUUACUGGCUGUCGGCAACGUUGGUCUCUUCCAGCAAAGAAAUCUUUUUAUUACUACUGUGCUACUUUAGCAAUUAUAAACAUUUUACAGGCAGUCGGAAGUGCAUUAUUAUUCUUUCGUAAUAUCAAUGGAAUGUGCGUGAUUAACGCUUCUACUUUAACAUAUUUUACGUGCUUUGCUCCUAUGGUCUAUUUCACUUUUAUGAGAGAAUUUUUUGCAUCAUCUCAAAGUUUGUCGAGUCUGCUAUUUUCUUACAAAGCACAUACAGAGGAAGAAGCUGCAAUGGAUGAUGAUAGUCUUUCUCUCCCACAACAAUAUCCUUCAAAUACUCGAUUAGAUUCAACAUCUGGUUUUGUUGACAAUACAAAUUUUGAUCAAUCCUUAGGUAGGUUAAACAAAACUUUUUAUGGAAAAAACUAUGAUGUUGUUAAUUUAAGUAAACCUUUAUUAAAAAAAAAAGGAUCGGUAACAAUGUUUGCUUUUCCUUUUGACAUUUAAUCAUUUUCUCUUAUAUAUCAAGUUUUAUAAUUAAAAAAAGGAAACUUUCUAUCCUUUGCUAUGAAUAUUAUUCAUUUUGCAUACAGAUUCCCCACAAGUUAGCGUCAAUCCGAUGUAUAAUUCUAACAAAUCAUCUGUUUUAAAGUCCAUAAAUGCUUUGAAAAAUCCAGUUGCUUAACUGCAAAUAAAAUAAGACUAAAUAAAUUUAAUAUUUAAUAAAUAUAAAUUCAUUUCUCCGGUUUCAGUUUGUUUUUAUGAAGAUAAAAUCUAUUCAUUUAUCUUUGUGCUUUGAACAAAGAGAAUGUACACUUAAACAGAAUCAUUAAAUAUUUAAAACUGUUUAUGUAGUUUUAAGUUUUCUAUCACCGAAUAGUUGAGAAUAAUAGAAAUAAAUCAAGAACAGUCCGAAAUGGCCACACGAAAACACCGAUAUUAAAACGGCGUGUAAGUCUGGCAAAUUACUAGGAGCUUUGACAAACACAGCUGCUAUCGCUAGAAAACAUGCAUUGAUAAUCGAGAGUAUCAUCUGUAUAAUAUAAAAUACGAAUAUCUAUUAUUAGAAAGACAAAAGUAAAUGAAGUAAUUAUGAUACUUACAAAGAAUUUCUUCCAGAAACCGGAUUUCUCUUCAACAGUCAACCAUUGUCGAACAGUAUAAUAUACAAAUGAAAAAAGUAUAAUACUGGAAAACGUUAAAAAAGCUAAGCCGUCUUUUUGUAACAAUGGAAACAUACUGAAAUAGAGAUUGGUGUAGAAUUAAAGUGUAAGUGUAAAUAUGAUAAAAUAUUAAAUACUAUCAUUAAAUAUACCUUAUUGUACUGAGUACUCCAAACCAAAAGGAUGCUAUUGGAAACUCAGGCAGCAAGAGAAUAAUUGGCCUUUAUGUAAUAAGUGUCACUAAGUGAUUUUGCUUACAUAGUAUUUAAACAAGCAAACUUACAGGGCCGCUAUAAGUAUAGACUUUUCAUGAACUUGAAAAGAAAAGAGGAAGAAGAUAAGGGAGCUAUUAACAAGAGCUAGCUUAAAAUUUCUCAUCGUUGGUUUUAACAAUAAAUGAAGACCAGAGGGUAGUAAUAAUAUUAUAGUAGUUACCAAGCUUUGAAAUACAAUAACGAUGCUAAUAUUUAGGAAAAUUAUUGUAAUAUAAGAAACAAACCACAUAAGUAUCUGAGUAUCCUGAGUCAUUAAGGAUCUAAAUUUUAUUACAAUUGAUAACGAGCACCAAAAAUUUGCGACCUUGUCCUAUAAAUAAAAAAGUAAAGAGUGAUAUUAAUUAUUAUAAUUUAUCUAACAUUUAGAUUAUUUACCUCAAAAAUACCUCUUGCAAAUGGGAAUAGUCUAUGCAAAACUUGAAGAGCAUCUUGAAAAUCUCUUAGGAAAGGUAACCAACAUAGUAAGAAUGCAAUCAAAGUGACAAAAGACACUUUCAGUAAUUGUAGGAACCUAUUGGAACAAGUUACAGAGUUAAAAGAGGAUAAUUAAACUAGGAAUUUAAAUUAUUUACCAAUUAGUCUUUGAAAUAAAACACUGUCCAAGAAGAUAGAAGAAGAAUGGAGAAGCGUGAUAUAAUUCCAUUUGUUUAUAAUUUAAAGCAAAGACAAAAGAAAUAGCUCCUAGAAGUUGACAAUUUCUCUCAAAAAAUAUUACUGCCCAUACUACUAAACCAAGGGAAAUUGAAUUAUAUCAUUGAAGAGUUAAGGAAUAUUUGGGCUAAUAGAUAAUUGUAAAUGUUUCAAUAUUAAAUUCUCUGACUAAUUAUACAAAAAACAAAAAGGGAUACUGGAAGUGUCCAUGAUCAAUGAGUGUCAAGCCUGGAUAUAGAAGGGCCAAUAGGCAGCAGGAUAUCUAACAAAAGAAAAUGAAAAAAAAGGAAAAUAAUUCAAUGUUCUAUUUAGUAAAAAAAAAAAUAAUAUUCUAAAGAAAUUUAUAAACCUUUCCUUUCGAUUGAAUGGAUUUAUUUCCUAAAAAAUAAAUAAAUACAGCCGGAAUGUAAAUGAGCAGAUCUCCAAUUAUCACUGUGCAUAGAGAGAUAAAAUUAGUAUAUACAAUCAAAUUAUCCAAUGAUAUAACCAGUAUAUCUCAUAAAUAGUUUAUGGGUAGGACUUUCUAUUCCCCUUGACUUAUGCAGAGCAACGAAUUCUGGAUUAAUUUUGUUAGCUCUGAAAUUAUGCAUAUUUUUUUAGCAUCUGCUCAUCUCUUAACUAAAAGUUAUAAUAGGACUUACAUGAAACCCAUGAUUAAGCUAUGAUAUGCUGUUAAUGGAGGAUAAUCGAGUCCCCAGUAUAAUAAAUCAUUGUCUGUAGUAUUAUAAUACCUAAAAAGUUUACGUUAUAAUAUAUUAGAUAAUCUAUUUUAUAAGGUUUCGAAUAAUGACUAAAAUACCAGGAUUUUAUCGGUAAAUUAUAAGUUAUUUCCAUCCAAUGUCUUUGAGCUUCGUAGUCUCCGUACAUCGGUGAUUUUCCUUUACCUAAGUAGUUGUUAUUGAGUUAGUUUUUAGUUAUCGGCUUUUGUAUCAUCUUACCCGAGAAGGGACCGAGUGAUGUUAACCAUCUGACUAGUAAGGCAAAUAGAAACACGACUAUAGAGUAAAAUUUAGAAUCAUCCACUGCUUUUUUCAUAUUGAAAGACUUUAUGUGCAAUUUUCAAUUGGAAAAGAAUUUAUAAAAUAAAGUCAAAUCAAUUUACACGUUUGCGUGAAAAAUGGUAGUAAAAAGGACAUUUUUGCCAAUUUUUCAAAAUAGUUACUGUUUCAAAUUAGAAAAUUACUGUGUACUACUGAAAUACUUUUAGUUUAUUGUGAUAAAGUUAAAGAUAAGUUGAUACGAAUUUCAUUCCCAAGAAGUACGAAAAUAACUCUAUUUUCGUAACUCUAUUUAGCUCUCCACUAAUAUAUAAUUUUUUUUGUCGAUUAAAUGAUAUUAAAUUAGACAGUGGAGUUCGAAAAAAAUAAUCAAAUAAAACAUUCGAAAAAUUUUGUGUUAAUAGCAGCAGCUGAAAGUUGAACAACAUACAGCUGAUUAUUAAUUGAUUAUUUCCAGCUUAACCAUUUCUAAAUAGUCAGCUUUAGGUGGCAGUCACUAAAAGUUUCUUUACCUAUUUAUACAAAGAGAGAAAGAGUAAAAAAACUAUCAUGCUUAAAACUGUUGAACGAUAUUUAGUUAACAAGAGAGUUGUUACUAGUUUGAUAAGGCCUGGAACCGCUACUGUUAGAAGGUGCUUUGGCGUUGCGGCAAUGCAAAUGCAGAAUAAUAAAACCACUCAGCCAAAGAAGCUCUUUACUCCCGGUCCUCUGGGCGUAUCUCUGUCAACCAAAGAGGCCAUGUUAGCAGAUUUUGGGUCUAGAGACGUUGCGUUCGUAGAUACUGUUAAAUUUAUUCGUAAACGCUUAGUAGAAAUAGCUGGCGUAUCUCACGAUGAAUAUACCGCAGUGCCAUUACAAGGAAGUGGCACGUAUUCUCUAGAAUCAGUUCUUACUACAAUUGUUCCCAAAAAAGGAAAAGUGUUGAUUUUAGAAAAUGGUGCAUAUGGUAGACGACAAGCAGCUAUCUGUAAAGUGUUGAAUAUUGAACAUAGGGUUGAGUCAUUUGGCGAAAAUGAACAAGUUUCUCCCAAGAGAGUAGAGCAGAUCUUGGGACACGAUACAUCCUUUACUACAGUUUCUGUCGUUCACUGCGAAACAAGUUCCGGUGUUUUAAACCCAGUUAUAGAAAUUGGAGAAAUCGUUCGAAAGAAGGCGCCUCAUGUUCAAUAUUUUAUUGACGCAAUGUCAUCAUUUGGUGCAAUUCCUUUUAAUAUGAAAGAAGCUAAUUGCGAUUAUAUGGUCUCUUCCGCCAAUAAAUGUAUAGAGGGUGUCCCUGGAUUUGGAUAUGCAAUUUGUAGAACAAAGCACUUGAAGAGUUGUCAAGGUAUAUCGAGAAGCCUGUCCCUAGAUCUUUACGAACAGUAUAUGGGAUUGGAAAAAAACGGUCAAUUUCGUUUCACUCCCCCAACACAUACAAUGCUGGCUUUUAGAAAGGCUCUUGAAGAAUUAGACGCCGAAGGUGGUGUUGAAGGUCGCGCUAAUCGUUAUAAGGCGAAUAGAAAGGUGCUAAGAGAGGGUAUGGCUGAAUUAGGAUUCGAAGAAUACUUAGAUGAAAGUUUACAAGAUGCGUAUAUAAUUACAUCUUUCAAGUAUCCUACGCAAAAAGACUUCGACUUUAAAACAUUCUACGAGAAACUAAGCGAUAAAGGACAAGUCAUCUACCCUGGAAAAGUCCUAGAUGCCGAUGUGUUCCGAAUUGGUAAUAUUGGCCAUUUGUUCCCUGAAGAUAUGGAGAAAUUAUUGGAAUGUAUCAAAGAAGUUUGUAACGAAAUGAACGUUACUUUACCAUUAAACUAAUAGCCUUUGUCCAGAAAGCAAUAAAAACUACGAUAGAAUUGAUUAAAUCGUAUAUUGUGACUUCGUCUCUUCUAAGAUUUCCCAUUUAGCAACCUAGAAAUGAAGCCUUAACGUGUUUAAUGGCUUUUUGGACAAUAUUUUAUAUUAGCAUGCAUACGCUUACAAAAAAGAAAUGUUUAUAAACAUUUUCUUUGUAAUAUAGUAGUUUAAUUGGAAAGAAAAUAACAGUAAAUAAAGCUAA